UUCAGUGGGUUAUUAUAAGCCAGUUAUUCGGAACUUGCUCGUGUAUGUUCAACUGCAAGGGAUACCCGGCUUUACUAUAUUAAUAACAAUAAGUAACCUUUCUCUGAUAAAUAUUUGUUGCCGUUGUGUGGGCGAUCUGUAUGCUCUGGGAUUUUAUCAAAAUGACGGCUGUAUUGCAAGUAUUAAUUGUUACUCUCGGUCUUUCGAUAACAGCAGUAUUGUGCGACAACACAUGGAAUCCUUUUAAUGACCCUUUUGAUUGGUCCAAGAUACGGAAUGCCCCACAAGGAUUCGGCAAAGGAUUCGGUUCCUUCGGAAAUGGUAAUAAUUUCGGGGGUUUUGGAAGCGGCGGAUUUGGCGGCAAUAGCGGACGAAGCGGAUCUCGACGAGGAUCCGGCAACAGUGGCAGUACAUCUGAUAAUAACAACCCCGGCACUUUCGGUGGAUUCGGCAACAAUGGCUUUGGAUUUGACAACAGCGGUUUCAACAACUUUGCCGAUACAUUUAACAACUUCCAAAAACAGUUCGGCACACAGUUUCCGUCAUUUUGGCCCAAUAAUAAUUUCGGCGGAAACGGCGGAAAUGUGGAUACAUCGGCCACCAGUGCGACGCAAUCACCGACGGCCGGUAGUAAUGUUGUAUCCUCCACAACAGCGAGCACAACAACCACCAGUACGACGACAACAACAACGGCCACCACCGCACCGACAGUGUUUGCAACCACGUCCGCAUUUACACCCGGUCAAGAUAUGUUCAUCAGUUCUCGAAACUGCACGACGGAUGAUCAGGUGAUUGGGAUCUCUCCCAGCCCAUCCGAUCAGUGUGGUUCCGUGGAAUGCCAAUGCUUUCAGGGAGUGUAUUUUUGCUAUUCUACGUGCAAACCACCUCCAGCCCAGCAGACAUGUGACGUAAUUGUGGCUGGCAAUGAUAUCUGCCCGCAGUACGGCAACUGUGGGCCGCUCGUCAACGAAUCCAUGGGCAAUGCCAACAUCUUCCGCUGUGAUCCACGCAGUCCAACCGUACAUCCAUCCAUCUGCUGGAUGUAUGAAAUCCUCUUCGGCAAAUUGACCGCCCCUCUGGGAUUCUUCGAAAGUGUGUCGAACGACUGCACUUUAGCGCAUCACUGCACGUGCAACGACGGCUGGGUUCAACCGGUCCAGUUUAAAAAAGAAGACUUCGUGACGCCGGCUAAUAAUCAUGUUUUUGUUAGAAAAACUGCAGGAAAUAAAGGCGCUUUUGCUUCCGCUUAGAAAAACAGCCUGUUUAUUCAAUUGACGUCUAGUAAUUCCUGAGUGUUCCUGUUCCUGCAAUUCCUUAUUGUUGCCUUUUAAUGCUGUUGAUGAGGGAGAAGAAUAUAAACUAAGUCAGUCUGCAA